AUGUCGACAAUCAGCUCCGCGUCGAGCUCUGACUCCGGGGUUUCGACGCCCGACACAUCCGUCGCUUCGAGUGCGCCGGCCAGCGCUCCCGCCAGCGCCCCCCUGUCGCCGCACCUGAAGCCGACCGCUUCUACCUCUUCGCCGGCCAAGCGUUCCGCCAAGACCCUCACCCGUGCCGAGGUCGCCGAACGUAUCUGCGCCGGCCAGCUGCUGCUGCUUCGUGACGAGGAGGUGCUGAACGUGACAAACUGGGCGAAGCACCACCCCGGCGGCGCGCUCGCGCUGCAGCACUUCGUGGGCCGGGACGCUGGCGACGAGAUCGUCGCGUACCACUCUGAGGGGACUUUGGACCGGAUGUCCAAGUUUGUCGUGGGACGGGUGGAACUCGACGACACCACGGGGUGGAAGCCGCUCACGCCGCCCAUUGCGCUUGGCCUGCGCCCGCAUCCCGACGGCGUCAAGGGACACUGGAUGCGCGAGGGCCGUAUCCGACUCGAGGCUGAGCCCGAGUGCGGAACCACGACGACGAGUACGGUCAACCACGGGCCUAUGGGUCUCGAGGUGGUCACUAUCACGCCGAAUGAUAUCGAGCCCCCGGCCCAACCCGAGGUCGACCUCAGGACCGAGAGGAAGAGGAGCAAGGCGUAUCGCACUCUCAAGGCGAGGAUCGAGCAGGCUGGCCUCUUCCGCCCUCCCGGACCGCUGGCCGGCUACGGCGAGGACAUUGCGCGCUACCUCAUUCUCGCUGGUGCGAGCGCGUUCCUCUUCUUCAACACGUCCGGGUGGCUCGGACAGAUGGCGAGUGCGGCCCUGCUUGGAUUCUGCUAUCAGCAGCUGACCUUCGUCGCGCACGACGCAGGCCACACGGGCAUCACGGGCGACUGGUGGUGGGACCGGGUGAUUGGCAUGAUUAUCGCCGACUGGAUUGGCGGUCUCUCGCUCGGCUGGUGGUGCGACAACCACGACAUCCACCACCUCGUCACAAACCAUCCCGAACACGAUCCGGACAUCCAGCACAUCCCCUUCUUCGCGAUCAGCGCGCAGUUCUUCCGCUCGCUGUGGUCGACGUACUACAAGCGCAUCAUGGCCUUUGACGGUCCGAGCCGCUUCCUGAUCCAGGCCCAGCACAAGCUGUACUACAUCGUCCUCAGCCUGGCCCGUUUCAACCUCUACGCCCUCAGCUACAUGUACCUGUUCAGCGCCAAGGCGAAGAAGAACGCCUUCUGGUGGUUUGAGAUUGCCGGCCUAUGCUUCUACUGGACGUACUUUGGCGCCAUCCUUAAGAGCCAAGCGAGCUGGCAGAUGGCCCUGGGAUACCUCCUGGUGUCGCACGUGUGCGCGUCGCCAGUGCACGUUCAGAUCGUCCUCUCCCACUUUGCAUGCAGUACCGACGACCUGGGUCCGACCGAGUCCUUCCCCAGCCGCCAGCUCCGGACGACCAUGGACGUGGUCUGCUCCGAGGACGCAGAGUUCAUCCACGGCGGCCUGCACCUGCAGGUCACGCACCACCUCUUCCCACGCCUCCCGAGGCACAAUCUCCGCAAGGCCUCGCUUCUUGUUAAGGAGUACUGUGGCGAGCACGGGAUCGAGUACCUCGAGUACGGGUGGUUGGAGGGCAACCGCAAGGUCCUCAACACGCUUCAGGACGUCGCGAACCAGCUCAAGAUCCUAAAGCAGGUCGCGGAUAAGGAGGUUGCGGAGAAGAUGCAGUAG